GGGAGGUGGGAAUCGCAGCCCUGGACUUGAGAACAGCCUCUUUGAGUCUUUGUCAGUUCAUAGAAACCAGCCGCUCUUAUCAACCUACGAUGGCAUUGUUGCAGUACUACGCACCCACUGUGAUUAUCACUGUCAAAACUGCUUCCGCAGGACCUGGUCUUGUAUGUGCGGAUUCUGCAGCCGCAGCAGCCGCGCCCCCCGCUUUGUCCGACCUAAACUGGCAGAUGAAGGCGAGUCAACUAGUGGACCACGGUUGUUUCUCCCAAGCGAGGAAGGAGAGACUGGCAAGGGUGUGUUUUGAUGACUCCAGAGGGUUGACUUUCGUAAAGAACUAUGCGAACAGAGUCUCCAGCUCAGUCAAUCUGGAUGGUCAGCAUGCGAAACAGUACUAUCUGAGUUAUGGUGCUGCAGCUGCUAUCUUCAAGUGGGUGGACUCAGAAUUGGAGGUGGUGGUGAUGCAUAACUCUCUUAAGGUGUCGGUCUUUAGUCCCUCGUCUUGCUUGUCCAUCGAUGCGACAAGCGCUCAGAACUUGGAACUGGUGCAGCCGCUGGCAUCUGCUUCGGCACGGGAUUGCAAGCCGGGGGUUGGCGCAAAGGUGGGCGGUGUGGGUUCUGUGUUUAGCGUUCUGAAAAACACGAGGACCACCGGAGGGACGCGACUCCUUCGCGCGAGCCUUCUCCAACCCCUCAGAGCCAAAGCCACCCUCAAGUCCCGACUCGAUUGCAUUGACGAGCUUACCGUUCAAGAGUCGAUGUUCUUCGCACUUCAGCGCAUACUGCAGAAAUUCCCUAAGGAUGUUGACCGAGUCGCUGCGCUUUUCGCAUUCAAAUCGAGGAAGUUUGUGGGAGUGGCUGCCGCAUCUUCCUCUUCAUGUCGUCAGUCCAGAAGCAUGGGGGGGAAGGUAUCCUCCCUCAUCUCUGCCAUCAUCAUGCUGCAUGACGCCUUGGCCCUUCUGCCUGAGCUCGGCGAUUCACUCCGUGGUGCGAAAAGCUCUCUCCUGCAGGAAGUUUUCUCCGAUGUCUGUUCGAACCCCGAAGCGGAGGCUCUUCGUGCACAGAUUUGUCUUGUUCUUUCUCCGGAUGUGUUGUUGGGACACGGCUCUGCAAUCGCGAAGCGCAAUCCUUGCCUUGUCGUGAAUGCCGGUGUCGAUGGGUUGUUGGACGUUGCUCGUCAUGCGCUCGACACCACAACGGAAGCGAUAUUUGCGCUUGGGAAGCGAUACAGUGACAAUCUGAACCUUCCCGGCUUGAAACUGCCCUUGAGUGUCAGCAGGGGCUUCUACUUGAGCAUCCCCAUCGCCGAUCUGCAGGACGGGUCCCGCGAUCUUCCGCCUGAGUUCAUCCAAGUCACUACAAGCCGGAAAAUGAUCAAUUGCUCGAGCCAGGAACUCAUUUCGCUCAAUGAGAGGAGGGGGGACUUCUUCACCCAAUGCUGCCGACAGACGGAACGUGCUCUUGAAGAGCUGUGUGACGUUGUCCGUGGGUCCUUGGGGUUUCUCCAGGCUCUGUCGGAAUCGAUUUCCUUGCUGGAUAUGAUGGUUAACGCUUUUGCUCAUCUUGCUAAUGCCGCUGAUGAGAAUGCACCCUACACAAGACCGGAGUUUAAUGACGAUGCUAAGAUCGUUAUCGAAGCAGGCAGACAUCCUGUGACCGAACGGGUCACUCCGGGCGCCGCUUUUGUGCCGAACAGCAUAACGCUGUCGGAGUCAGCGAGCCUGGUUGUUCUUAUGGGACCGAAUAUGAGUGGAAAGAGCACGCUUCUGCGCCAGGUGGCGCUCGCGGCGAUCCUAGCGCACAUGGGCUGCUUCGUACCCGCUCAAGCUGCCUCCUUUCCGAUCCUGGACCGAGUGCUGACCCGCAUAGGCACAGGUGAUGACAUCGAGUCAAACUCCAGCACAUUCAUGACAGAGAUGAGAGAGAUGGCAUUCAUCGGACAGAAUGCGACUCCUAGGAGUCUCGUUCUCAUCGAUGAGCUCGGCAGAGGGACGGCAACAGAGGAUGGCUUCGCAAUAGCCUUCAGUUCUGCUGAGUUCCUGCUUCAGACGAAAGCGUUCACAAUCUUUGCCACGCACAUGCCGCGGAUGGCAGAACUUGCGCGCCUCUACGCAGAAGCGCGCGUGCUCCACAUGGAAGUUGAAGCAGAGAGCAAUUACCUCAGGUUCAAACAUGUACUUAAGCAGGGUUCAAUUCAGUUCGACCACUAUGGUCUGCAGCUGGCGAAGACGGCAGGCAUUCCUGAUUCGGUGAUCGAGACGGCAACGGCAAUAACACAGAAGCUCGAUGAAAAGGAGAUGCAAAAGCAGCAGCCUGAGAAUGCACAAGGUGGCCGCAGCACAUCCGGCUCGGGUUCCGAGUCUCCUCACUUGCAGCAGGCGAAGCAGUACACGGACCUGAAGGAGGAUGCGCAAAGAGACAUGUGGCUUAUGCAGCAAUUGACGCAAUUGAAACAGACUGCAAAUUCUUUGCCUAUUGAGCAGGUCCUUCAGUCUAUGGAAUGCUUGAGAGAGAAGUAUCUGGCCUACAACGGCGAGACCGAUCUUCAUUCCAAGGUGAGGCGGGUCUGACACAUCUGUGAUAAUUUACUUCUUCUUCCUUUUUUCAACAAAAACUUCAAAAAGGG